CAUAGAGAUGCUUACACACUCCAGCAACACUGUGAGAGAAAUGAGGGGAGUCUGGAGUUAUGGAAACAAGGAGGACACGAUAGAGAACGUUUCUUCGAGGAUUUGGGAACGGUUGAUGGCGCUUGGAAUUGGACAGCCAAUUCAGGAGAAAGUGUUGCUACGUUCGAAUUCCGAACAGCACCGGUGAAAUCAUUUCUUUCUGCGGGCCUGUGUUUGGAAGUAGAUAACAGCGGAGUAGUAACAACAUCGCGGCGAGGAAUUCCACCGCUCAUUCCGGGAACCUGGGGACGCACGAAGUUUAGUUUAGAACCUGUUGCUUGCGUGCACUUUGGAUACUAAUUUACUGACUGUGCACAAUCUGCUCGGUUCUAAGUGUGGCCUAUCAAAGACUGGAAAGUUAGAUUUGAUUUCAUCUCAUUGAGGAUUGUAGCCUAGCCUACUAUCGCGGAGCAAGUUGUAAGCUUCCAUCAAGGGCCAUGCAUGGCACCUUAUUAUCAAAUAUGAGGGAGAGGGAAAGUGUCAGAUUCAAGACAACAGCAUGAAGACAUAGACACAAAAUAACGUCAAUGCUUUCACACAAGUGGGAAAAAAACAUCACUCAAAGUAUUGAAUGCAAUUUUACUCAAACAUGAGUUCUUCCUGCGGCAGAAAGGUAGAUAGGCUAUAUGUCGGCGUGUUUGAUUUAUUAUUUCAAUGGAACUGAAAUUCGGAAAAUAAUUGAAAGUAAUUUUCCCCAGGAAAGAAUUGUUGUUGGGUAAGCUUCAUCUUGCGACACGUUGUAAAAAUAGCGUGCACGUUGGGAGUUACGAUGCUGGUCUCUUGGGUCACAUUUAUUCAAGCGUUCCUAAUACUGCUGGUGAAAGGAGCCGACCAAUGGAGCCUCCGGGAGUCCUCUAACUGCGAGCUAAAAAGGAAACAAAGUGAUCUGAACUCUUUCCUGUGGACCAUCAAACGUAACCCUCCGUCCUACUUCUACGGCACGAUCCACGUCCCUUACACGCGCGUCUGGGACUUUAUCCCAGAGAACUCCAAGAAGGCUUUCCAGGAGAGUAACAUGGUUUACUUGGAGCUGGACCUGACUGACCCCUACACCAUCUCAGCCCUGACCAGCUGCCAGCUCCUCCCCCAGGGGGGAACCCUACAGGACGUUCUACCCAGAGACAUCUACGGACGCCUCAAGAGGCACUUGGAGUACGUCAAGCUCAUGAUGCCGUUCUGGAUGACUCCUGACCAGAGGGGUAAAGGCCUCUACGCUGACUACCUGUUUAAUGCGAUAGCGGGGAACUGGGAGAGGAAGAGGCCUGUGUGGGUGAUGUUGAUGGUGAACUCGUUGACGGAGGCGGACAUUAAGACGAGGGGGGUCCCGGUGUUGGAUCUGUACCUGGCCCAGGAGGCAGAGAGGAUGAGGAAGAGAACAGGAGCUGUGGAGAAGGUGGAGGAGCAGUGUCACCCGCUCAACGGUCUCAACUUCUCUCAGGUGAUCUUUGCCCUGAACCAGACCCUUGUACAGCAGGAGAGUGUGAGAGCAGGCAGUCUGCAGGGCUCCUAUACCACUGAGGACCUCAUCAAGCACUACAACUGUGGAGACCUCAACUCCAUCAUCUUUAACCACGACACCUCUCAGGUCCCCAACUUCAACAACGUGACCCUGCGCCCCAGCGAGCAGAUAACGGCCCAGGAGAUAGACAGCUACUUCAGACAGGAACUGAUCUACAAGAGGAACGACAGGAUGGGGAACAGGGUUAAGACUCUGAUGGAAGAACACCCUGACAACAGCUUCUUCUUCGCCUUCGGAGCAGGUCACUUCCUGGGCAACAACACAGUGAUUGAUGUGCUGAGGAGUCAGGGCUAUGAAGUGGAGCACACUCCUGCAGGGCAACCCAUUAACAGUCGAUCGAUAUCGGCCCCCGACCAGACGGGUCAUUCUCUGGGUCAGAACCUGGAUGAGUCCCCUUACCUGGAGCCGUUCCUCCACGAGCUUCAUGAUGAGGAGCAACAGCACCCUCUGCAGGACAACCCACUACCCAACAUACCUCGUCACUCCCCCAGCUUGGAGCUGAUGGACAAGAUGGACCGCAAGCUGAAGAAGAAACGACGUAACAAACAGAGGAAACAUCAGAGAAACGGACAGUUUAAUGACCUCUGGGUCCGCAUCGAGGAGAGCACCACAGUCGAGUCCCCUCCUCCUCCGCUGGUCCGUCUUAUUAAUGGUUACAUCACCGUACGGCCUCACCACCACGACCACGAGAGAGGCCACGCCCACGCCAGAGCCAAUUACAACAGGUUGUUUUCAGGCUCCUCCGCCUCUACGCCCUUGUGUGUCUUCUGGUUACUUUUUACAGUGUUGGGUCAUAUCUGGACUCUCUAGUAGCAGGUCUGUACAGUAGGUUACUGGUUCAAAACCCUCCUGCUAAUAUCUGGACUCUCUAAUAGCAGGUCUGUACAGGAGGUUACUGGUUCAAAACCCUCCUGCUAAUAUCUGGACUCUCUAGUAGCAGGUCUGUACAGGAGGUUGUUGGUUUAAAAUCCUCCUGCUAACAUCUGGACUCUAGUAGCAGCUCUAGUCUAAAGCACGAGGUUAUUGGUUCAAAUCCCUCCUGCUCACAAUGAAUCAUCUAUUUCAACACACAUUGGGGGCGAAUCCAAACUUUCCCUUACGUCAAAUUUUCAGUUAAUCAUGCAUUGAUGUCGAGUGACAAUGUGACUUAAAGGAAUACUUCAGGAUUUUGGCAAUUAAGCCAUUUAUGUACUUUCCCAGAGUCAGAUAAACUCAUGGAUACAAUUUGUAUGUCUCUGCAUCUGGUAUGAAGAAAUGUACAGGUAGUUUCGCGAGCCAAUGCUAACUAGCGUUAGCGCAAUGACUGGAAGUCUAUGUUAUCUACUAGCGUGAAAUUGCGCUGACGCUAAUUAGCGACUUCCUUCAAACUUCCCUCAGGGGCAUGAAAAUGGUGUCCACAAGUUCAUCUGACUCUGGAGAAGUAGAAAAAGGGCUUCAUUGCCAAAAUCCUGCAGCAUCCCUUUAAUGGAAGUUAGGAUUUGUCCAAAUCCAUCUCGACUGGAUCUUUUCCGUGUAUAUUAUUUCAAAUGUUUUUUGUUUGUUUUUGUUUUACAGCAGCAAAUGUAUUAUAAAUAACCCAAACGGCUCUUAGUCUGACAAGAUUGUUUUCUUCCAACUCCCUUAAUUAAUUAAUUUAUUCUUCACUUUUUGAAGAAUGCGUUUUGUAUCGCAUAAUACUGUGGGAAUUGUACAUAUCUACAUAUUAUAGAUUGUAUUUUUAGAAAUAUGACAUUUUGAAUGGUUGAAUGUGUUUUGUUUAUUGUUGUUGUUUAUAAAUAGAUACAGUAUAUUUUCUAGACUAAAGCUGGUACUAACCACCAUAACCCGUAUUUGACAGCCUGGUUCCCGAUCUGUUUGUGCUGUCUUGGCAUUGACCAUCGGGCAGGGGUAUUGAAAUCCGAGCCUGGAGGUCCAUAAUACUGCUGGUUUUAUGUUCCACCUGAAAAUUGAUUUCAUCCACCUGGUGCCCCAGGUCUAAAUCGGUCCUUGAUUUAGAGGCAAUCAGCAGUGGAACUGGCUUCAAGGUCAAUGUUUUGAAUUGGCUAUGUUAUAGGAGUUGGCAAGACAGCACAAAUAUACCUGGAACCAGGCUACAUAUCUCCUCUAGGUUGUAAUGUGACGUCUGAGAGAAACGAUCCAAACCAGUAUUAUCUACGUCUUGUUGUCUGGGAGAAACGAUCCAAACCAAUGUUAUCUACGGCUUGUUGUCUGGGAGAAACGAUCCAAACCAGUGUUAUCUACGGCUGGUUGUCUGAGAGAAACGAUCCAAACCAGUGUUAUCUACGGCUUGUUGUCUGGGAGAAACGAUCCAAACCAGUGUUAUCUACGGCUUGUUGUCUGGGAGAAACUAUCCAAACCAGUGUUAUCUACGGCUUGUUGUCUGGGAGAAACGAUCCAAACCAGUGUUAUCUACGGCUUGUUGUCUGGGAGAAACGAUCCAAACCAGUGUUAUCUACGGCUUGUUGUCUGAGAGAAACGAUCCAAACCAGUGUUAUCUACGGCUUGUUGUCUGGGAGAAACGAUCCAAACCAGUGUUAUCUACGGCUUGUUGUCUGGGAGAAACGAUCCAAACCAGUGUUAUCUACGGCUUGUAGUCGGAGAGAAACGAUCCAAACCAGUGUUAUCUACGGCUUGUAGUCGGAGAGAAACGAUCCAAACCAGUGUUAUCUACGGCUUGUUGUCUGAGAGAAACGAUCCAAACCAGUGUUAUCUACGGCUUGUUGUCUGGGAGAAACGAUCCAAACCAGUGUUAUCUACGGCUUGUAGUCGGAGAGAAACGAUCCAAACCAGUGUUAUCUACGGCUUGUAGUCGGAGAGACACGAUCCAAACCAGUGUUAUCUACGGCUUGUAGUCGGAGAGACACGAUCCAAACCAGUGUUAUCUACGGCUUGUUGUCUGGGAGAAACGAUCCAAACCAGUGUUAUCUACGGCUUGUUGUCUGUGAGAAAC